AUGGAAGAUGAUGUGGUUCUGUUGGUGUCAUCUAUCUGUAACCUGCAGCAUGCACUGGGGCAGUUUGCAGCUGAGCGUGGGCUGGCCGGGAUGAGAGUCAAUACCUCCAAAACAGAAGAUGCCAAACACAAAAGAACCGCUAAAAGCCCCAUAAAUGAGGAAAAGGGUGUUCUCAUUCUGAAGAAAGGCAACUUUGACCAGGCGCUCAAACAAUAUAAGCAAUUGCUCGUCAGUUUCCAAGCUCCGCUAACUCCGGAUUUUCAUCGCCUGACGAUGGAUUUCACCAAGGCUGCAGCUCAACUCAAGACAGAGGCAUCAAAAAUACGCUUAGGAAGCGUUGACGUCUCACAGGAGAAAGAGCUUGCCAAAGAGCUUAACGUGACUGCCUCUCCGUUCCUGAGAUUUUAUGUCUCAGGUGACAAACAAAAUCCAAUUAUCUGCCCAGUUUUAAGAAGUGCUGAUCAUAUUAUCACAUGGCUAAAGAGGAGGACAGGCCGCAGUGCUGAGGUGAUCAAAAACACCACGCAGUCAGAGACUUUCCUUCUGGCCGAUGAUCUGGUGAUAAUCGGGUUUUUCAAGGAACUUGAUAAAGGGACAGUGGAGGUGUUUUAUGACGCUGCUACUGAUAUCCCUGAUCUGCCUUUUGGAGUGACUAAAAAUAAAAACAUAUUCUCUAAGUAUGAAAUUGUUAAGGAAACAAUAGUGCUGUUUAAAAAGUCUACAAAAUCAGAAGAGUAUGAAAUUUCCAGCCACACAUCCAAGGAGGAUCUUGUGCAGUUCAUUAGAAUGCAUGAAAUGGAUCUAGUGACUGAAUAUAAUGGGACGACAUCCGCAAGAAUACUGAACUCUGUGAUCAACAGCCAUGCCAUACUUUUUGCAAACAAAAGUGAAAAACACUAUGAAGAAACCUAUAUGGCUUUUGAAAGAACCGCAGCUGAAUUCAAGGGCAAGGUCUUAUUCGUGUUGAUGAAUACAAACGAGAACAGGAACGGACGCAUGCUGGAGUAUUUCCGAGUCCGUUCCGUGGAAACGCCCAUGGUCAGAAUAGUGAACAUGACGGACAGCGUACAGUACCAAAUGCAAUCAGGGGACAUAACUACAGAAAAUGUACGAGCCCACUGCCUGCACUACUUGGCUGGGAAAGCAAAGCCCAAGUUACAAAGUGAACCAGUUCCUAAAAACUGGGACAAGAAGCCUGUUAAGGAACUUGUGGGCAUGAACUUUGAGAAGGUUGCCUUCAACGAGAAGAAGAAUGUAUUCAUAAUGUUUUAUACUCCUUGGUGUAAAGAAAGCCAGGCUUUUUUUCCUCUGUGGGAAAAGCUUGGGAAGGUGUAUGAGAAUCAUGAGAGUGUGGUCGUGGCCAGAAUAGACACCACAGCCAAUGACAUCAACAUCAUCUUCCUUGAGCGUAACCCUUCCUUCAAAUUUUUCCCUGCUGUCCUUUCAGAGAAGGUGAUUCCCUAUUCCGGAGAGAGGACCUUGGAAGAAUUUAUUACGUUUGUAGAGGAACAAGUAGAAUUAGCCAAAGAUGUGAAGGCAAGGGAAGAAACAGAUUGGGACAAAUUUAUUGAAGAGCAAAAACUAAAAGAAACUGUAAAAGUGGAACUUUAGCUUGAAUAUGCUAAAAGAGUACAAUCUUUUAAAACUGACCUGAAGACUUCAAAACCCAUACUGAAGUGUCAGAAAGUGUCCGAAUGAAAGCAUGACCUGCUAAAAAUGCAGUUUGGCGGCUCCACCACAGAUUCUAUGCGUUUUUACACAGAGAGAUAAGUUUAGUUAUGUGUGAUAGAAUUCAGCUCCCUUGAUACCAUCAUCUCCUCCCUAGUCUUCGCUUCCUGUUUCCUGCUUUGCUUCAUAAUAACCUUAAGUGCAAAACAUGUUAGUAAUACCUACAUGAUAAUAACUGUAGACUGCAGUAACAAUCAAAUGUUCAAAUGCACUAAUUAAAAAAUAAUUAAUUUGGUUUAAA